AUGUAUGAAGAAGCAUUGCACAAUGCUUCAAAUAAAGUAAAAACAGAUGACUUGAUGAAAAAUGGAAGAAAUUUGGGAAGAUAUGUUGAUCAAAUCUUAAGUGUUGGUUUUAAAAUAGGAAUUAAAACCAAUAUUAAAUUUCUUGUACUCCAGAUUCACUAUCGGCAUGCAGACGCCUUCAAUCAUGGAAGCGUUGAUAACUCUGGUCUAACACUUACGAUGACAGAACAGAGUCAACCUUUUUUGGCAGGCAUUCACUUACUCAGAACAUUACCGGUCAUUCCUCCUUAUAUGAAAUAUUAUAGUGAACAAUUUGCUUGCGAAUACCAGAAUUCGGUCACUAUCUACCCUUUUGCUUUCCGCAUUUACUCCAACGGUCUUGGACGUGACAUUUCCAGUUAUCGCAUACGUAACGGAAGGUGGAUAAUAUUGGGAAAAGGCAACCCAAUGCUGCCCCAGGCAUUCUACCCAAUCGCGAAUGACAACAUAGACAUCCAAUAUGGGGACAUUCUGGCAGUACAAUGUUCAUAUGAUUCCAGUGGCAGGGACAGUAUAAAUUAUGAUGGACUAACUGAGAAAGAUGAGUGCAGGUUUUACAUGAUGUAUUGGGUAGAUGGAAGUCAUGCUUACUACUCCACGCGAUGCGUGCCUAUUGAUGCCAGGGAUCUGGCAUUUCCAGUUUGA